AUCGGGCGGUUAUCCUCAAAACUCAGUUAUAUAGGGUGGAGUACCCAAGGAUCGGGCGGUUAUCCUCAAAACUCGGUUAUAUAGGGUGGAGUACCCAAGGAUCGGGCGGUUAUCCUCAAAACUCGGUUAUAUAGGGUGGAGUACCCAAGGAUCGGGCGGUUAUCCUCAAAACUCGGUUAUAUAGGGUGGAGUACCCAAGGAUCGGGCGGUUAUCCUCAAAACUCAGUUAUAUAGGGUGGAGUACCCAAGGAUCGGGCGGUUAUCCUCAAAACUCGGUUAUAUAGGGUGGAGUACCCAAGGAUCGGGCGGUUAUCCUCAAAACUCGGUUAUAUAGGGUGGAGUACCCAAGGAUCGGGCGGUUAUCCUCAAAACUCGGUUAUAUAGGGUGGAGUACCCAAGGAUCGGGCGGUUAUCCUCAAGACUCGGUUAUAUAGGGUGGAGUACCCAAGGAUCGGGCGGUUAUCCUCAAAACUCGGUUAUAUAGGGUGGAGUACCCAAGGAUCGGGCGGUUAUCCUCAAAACUCGGUUAUAUAGGGUGGAGUACCCAAGGAUCGGGCGGUUAUCCUCAAAACUCGGUUAUAGGGUGGAGUACCCAAGGAUCGGGCGUGUAUCCUCAAAACUCAUAGGCUACAUUUAAUGAUCUAGGACCGGACGGUGUCCUUAUGAUAAUUUAUUUGAACAAGGAGGAGUUCUAUACACUCAUAGGUAUAUGGGUGGGUUGGGAUUUAAGUCAAGGAUAUUGGCUACUAUUAUUUUCCCAAAUAAACAAUGACCUACGGGUCGGGUAUUUCCAAGUGUAUGUAUACUAAUAUGUAUUUCAAACUUGGGGGGAGGACUAUACGUAUAUGUAUCAUCCUAUGUUUGGGUCUUAUACUUGAAACGCUAGUUAUUCUAUAUUUAGCCUGCUACUCGCUCGGUACUUGUACUGACCCCUUCGGGGGGCCCCACCAUUCUCAGGUUGAAGCUAGGGCUUGCCACCUGCACCUUCCUACGGGUGACAUCAAAUCAAGGAAGACGUGGUUCGUGCUUCCUCAUUUUAUUUCAAAUUACCAACCAUUGCUCAUGGAUAUUUUUAUUUGUUAUAAACUAUUCUUUUGGGGCUUGCAUGCCCAUGUUAUUGGCCGGUUGUGGCUUAUGACUUACCGUUGAAUAUUUCCGCUAUUCAUUGGUUUAAAUGUGAUGUUGUUAUGUAUGUUUACUACUGAGUAUGGAUGGAUUAUUUUUCUCGAACGCCUUGUGUAAUCAAGUGAGGUUGACUCGCGGGUGACAUCACUUGAUCUCACGGCGGUUGUACACGCGCUUGGAUUGUGGUCUGGGGCGUGACAAUUAAGUGGUAUCAGAGCCAUCUCAGUUCUAAACUAUAUAAUCAACCUCUCACAAAAGAUCUUACAAAAGAGUUCUUACCGAAAACCAUGAGCAUUGUAUUUUGACGUUUAUAGGACUAUUGGUGCUUAAGUUGCAAGGCCUCUAAUUGUUAAGACGGUACCCUUAACAAUUGGUAUGGUGGUGACUUGGGUCGAUACGUGUCUAUAACGUUUUUCUGUCAAUUGACAUUCAUAGGAGUCUAAAGACUCGUCCAAAUUCCGUUUCAGAAAUGGAGGGUAAGCGAAUGGCAACAAGAAAUGACCCUAAGGGACAAGCGUCGGUAGCUUACCUUGAGGCUAGCCGGGCUGUGUCACGAGCCUUUACGGGGAGAGGAAUAGGCCAUGGGGGCCGUGAGGGCCGCCAAGCGGCAAACGUUAAUCAAGUGGGCUCGAUGUGUAACAUGAACACCAGGAGGAACGAACUUAGGCGUCAGGCGAGGCGAGAUCGGGCCACCUCCCAACGUGAUAUGACUGUCAGCCAAACCCAUCCUUGGGCAAACGACCAAGGAGGAGAAAGCACUCUUACGGCACCGGCAUCACCGGUGAAAAAGAAAAGGAACUCAAAGUGGCACACGUCCUUUCCUUACUCCUUAAGACCAUCCAAAUGUUCUAAUUGCUCUAAGAAACAUUUUGGAAAGUGCAACGAGCCCCCGAUGUGCUACAAAUGUGGGAGCACAACCCAUAUGAAAUUAAGUUGCCCAUGGAGGAGGCAACGAGAGACAUUGCAAGCCGAGGAAGGGCUCACCGUGGAAGGAAACCAUACGGAACCAACGAUGAGCAACGCUACGUCCGUCAAUCAAGGCGGGGCCCAAGCAAGGGUCUACGCAAUGACCGAGGCGGAUGCGAGAGCAAACCCGGACUCCGUUGCAGGUUGAAGCUAGGGCUUGCCACCUGCACCUUCCUACGGGUGACAUCAAAUCAAGGAAGACGUGGUUCGUGCUUCCUCAUUUUAUUUCAAAUUACCAACCAUUGCUCAUGGAUAUUUUUAUUUGUUAUAAACUAUUCUUUUGGGGCUUGCAUGCCCAUGUUAUUGGCCGGUUGUGGCUUAUGACUUACCGUUGAAUAUUUCCGCUAUUCAUUGGUUUAAAUGUGAUGUUGUUAUGUAUGUUUACUACUGAGUAUGGAUGGAUUAUUUUUCUCGAACGCCUUGUGUAAUCAAGUGAGGUUGACUCGCGGGUGACAUCACUUGAUCUCACGGCGGUUGUACACGCGCUUGGAUUGUGGUCUGGGGCGUGACAUGCAAGGUGGGCAAAAGGAUGAAGACAUCAUCCUUGCGGCCGUGGUGACCGAGGUCAACCUCGUUGGAUCCAAUUCCAAGGAGUGGUUCGUGGACACCGGUGCAACCCGGCAUAUUUGCUCAAACCGGGAGUUAUUCACUACUUUUGAGCCAUCUAAUGGUGAGAAAGUGUGGAUGGGAAACUCAGCCCAUUCCGAGGUGGAAGGCGUGGGCAAGGUGGUCCUGAAGAUGACUUCGGGCAAGGAGCUGACUCUAAACCAAGUGCUGUUCGUUCCGGAGAUACGCAAAAACCUGAUUUCCGGUUCGUUGUUGAACAAGCAUGGAUUCCGCAUGGUUUUUGAGUCGGACAAAUUAGUUUUGUCCAAGUCGGG